AUGUUGUCCGGUGAGCGUACUUUCGCAAGGGUUUCAGCGAGAUUUGCUAGUAACCUUUCAAAAAUCGCCAAGAAACCUCCAGGCUCGAGUGCAGACGCAUCUCACGAGGUUUCCAACAGGCAGAAACUAUUCAUUACAGAUCCAAUUUCACCAGGCUCCAUCUUCUUCCUUCCAAAUGGUACGAAAAUCUUCAAUAAGUUGAUUCAAUUCAUGAAAUUACAGCAGCAGUUCAAAUAUGGAUUCAAAGAAGUGGUGACACCAUUGAUAUAUAGAAAAUCAUUAUGGGAACAAUCUGGCCACUGGGACAACUAUAAGGAGGACAUGUUUCGGGUAGAAGGUCAUGAUACUUCGAAGGAAGAAUAUGGACUAAAACCAAUGAACUGCCCUGGUCAUUGUAUGGUUUUCAAAAGGUUCGAUAGAUCUUAUAGCGAACUGCCACUAAGACUUUCUGAUUUUUCGCCAUUGCAUAGGAAUGAAGCAUCUGGAGCACUUUCAGGAUUGACUAGAGUCCGUAAAUUUCAUCAAGAUGAUGGUCACAUCUUUUGUACGCCGGAUCAAGUGGAAAGUGAAAUUGCAAAAUGUUUAAAAUUGGUUGAUAUGUGUUAUACAAAAGUUUUCCCUUUAAGCCCAGAAUUGGCCAAUGAAGUGUACACUUUAGAGUUAUCGACAAGACCUGAACACUUCAUUGGGGAUGUCAAAGUCUGGGAUUAUGCAGAAACUGUACUAAAAAAUAUCUUGAAUAAAUUUGGCAAACCAUGGGAAUUAAAUGAGGCAGAUGGUGCGUUUUAUGGACCGAAGAUUGAUAUUAAGGUCACUGAUCAUACUGGUAAGUAUCACCAAGUGGCUACCAUUCAAUUAGAUUUUCAAUUACCUGAAAGAUUUGAUCUUAAAUAUAAGGACCGUGAUAAUACCUAUAAAAGACCCAUUAUGAUCCAUAGAGCUGUAUUUGGGUCAGUGGAGAGAUUUAUGGCAAUUUUAAUAGAUUCUAACCAUGGUAAAUGGCCAUUUUGGUUGAAUCCCAGACAGGCAAUGAUCAUUCCCGUAAACACCAAGCGUCAGGGACAAGUAGACGCAUGUAAAGAUCUUUUCCUUAAAUUGAGAGGUCAAGGAAACGAAAAUUCUACAGAUCCAAUUCCCUUGAACUCAUUCCAUUUCAAUGCAGAUUUAGACGAAAGACCAGAACCUGUCGGCUAUAGAAUUAAGGAUGCUCUCAUGAAGAAUUAUUCCUAUCUAAUCAUUAUUGGUGAUAAGGAAGUGGAAACCGGUAGAUAUGCUAUUAGAACAAGAGAAGAUCGACAGUUGGAACAUUUGACAGAUGAUGAAAUUUUUAACAAAUUCCGUGAAUUGGAAAAACACUAUAAAUGA